CUUUCAUUUUGGUUUUUGUUUCAAAAGAUAGUUAUAAUCAAAACCUCAUCAUCCAAAAACAUCUUGCAGAAGAACUUGAAAAUAGUUAGUGAUUCUUGUGACAGAAAAGAUGAGAAGAAGAUGGUCUUUUUAUAUGGAUUUUCUGCCGGUUGUUGUGAUUAUAGGCAAUGAAUGUAUUGACAUGGGUUUACUCACUUUGUUCAAAGCAGCAACACUUGAAGGAAUGAACAAUCAUGUCUUUAUUGCUUAUGCUUAUGCUCUUGGUACUUUGGUUCUUCUCCCUGUCACUCUUUUCACCAGAAGAUCAAGAGUGGUUCCUGUUCCACUGAGUUUCUCCAUAAUAUGCAAAAGUUUGCUUCUUGGGGCAAUAGGAUGUGGAUCUCAGAGUUUGGGGUAUAUUAGUAUUAAUUAUAGUUCUCCAACACUUGCUUCAGCAAUUAGUAAUAUGGUACCUGCUUUCACUUUCAUGCUAGCUGUCACUUUCAGGAUGGAAAAGUUAACUAUAAAGAGUAGAAGUAGUAAUGCCAAAGUAAUGGGAAGCAUAAUAUCAAUAGCAGGUGCUUUUGUCUUGACUUUCUACGAAGGAAAAUCCAUCUUGAAUUCCUCAUCACUUCAUCAAUCAAAUGAAUUUCUCAAGUCAGUGGAUUCAGGUUGGGCCAUUGCUGGCAUUAUGCUAAUAGUGGACUAUUUUCUGGUUUCUCUAUGGUAUAUUUUACAGGUACAUAUCUUGAAAGAGUUUCCAGAUGAACUAAGUUUAGUCUUGUUAUACACCAUAAGUGCAACUGUCAUAUCAACAGUUGUAGCUUUGUUAUCAGUUUCAAAUGCAAGUGCUUGGAAAAUAGGACUAAAUCUCUCACUCAUCUCCAUUGUUUCCUCUGCAAUUUUUGGAAAGUUAGUAGGCAAUACAGUUUCUGCAUGGUCAAUUAACUUAAAGGGAGCUGUUUAUGUAACCUCAUUCAUGCCACUCCAAAUUGUUAUUUCUGUUGGCUUGGGUGUGAUAUUCCUUGGUGAUUCUCUUUAUGUUGGAAGUAUAAUUGGAGCCACAAUAAUCUCAAUUGGCCUUUAUGGUGUAUUGUGGGGCAAAGCAACAGAAGAGAUAGAGGAAGAUGUUGGUUUCCUAGAUUCAUCAUCUACAGAAAAUGUGCCUCUAUUGCAAAGUUAUAGGACUUAAUCUUUCGAAAAUAAAAUAGAUGGAAAUGUAUAAAAAUAUUGUUAUCAAAUCAAAAUUUAUUUAUGAACUAAAAGCCCUACACAUCAAAGCAUUAAAAAAAAAGGAAAUGAAGACAUAUAAAGUAAAACCAAAUGAUAUAUGAAAAUAUUAAGUUGAUAUAUAAAAAUGGAUUGUAAGUGAAGCUUAUUAAAGUGUUUAAAUUGUU